AUGACGAAGAACAGGGACAAAGAUAUCAAGAACAACAACAAUGAAAAAGAAAACAACAAGAAGAGAAAGAACAACAACAAAGAUGUUGGCCCCGAUUUCGAAGCAGAAGAAAACGAUAUGCUCGCUCUCUCGCUCAACUCUAAUCGUCCUCAAUCAAGACCUCGUCUAAUGCCAUCGGUAGAUACACAGCUACCAGCAUCGUUGCCACUGCCGGUGCCACCACAAUCAUCGCCGUCACUGUCAGUGCAGCCAACACCCUUGUUCAUACAAACCCUAAUGCCUCAAAAACAUUCAUCUCAUCCUCUCCAACUCUCAUCCUCACACCCACUUUACAUGACUAAACUACAAUCUUCCUCCUCCCCGUCCAUGCCCUUGCCCAAUCCCGGAGUUCCCACAUCUCGUCAUCUGCGUGCACGGCGGAACCCUACUCAAGGUCCGAGGGAGGGAAAGAGCGAGACUGUCCCGGCUCCAUUUCCGUGGGCUACCACAAGGCGGGCCAUGGUUCACAGUCUGGAAUACUUGCAUUCAAGGCAAAUCGUUACCAUCACUGGUGAAGUGCAGUGCAAGCGUUGUGAACGACAAUAUGAGAUGGAUUAUAAUCUGAAGGAAAAGUUUCUUGAGGUUGGGAGUUUUAUUGCUGGUAACAAGAGCAUGAUGCGCGAUAGGGCACCGAGUGUGUGGAUGAACCCGGUUCUUCCUGCAUGCAAGUUUUGCAAACAAGAGAACAGCGCGAAACCGAUCAUAGGGGACAAGAAGAAGGUGAUUAACUGGCUGUUUUUGCUGCUGGGGCAGAUGCUUGGUUGCUGCACGCUUGAGCAGUUGAAAUAUUUCUGUAAGCACACCAAAAAUCAUCGAACCGGUGCCAAGGAUCGAGUUCUUUAUCUUACCUAUCUGGGUUUGUGUAAACAACUCGAUCCCAAUGGACCUUUUGAUCGAUAAAUAAUGAGAGAGGUAAGAGUCUACUGGGCGUGAGUGCUCUAUCUUUGAAUCUAUCAGUUGCUUCCUUUGUUAGCCCGAUUUAGUUGCAGAGGUUUGUAUUAAUUAGUUUCUGGUUACAUAUUUCUUUCUUUUAUUUUGUGUUUUUUUAAUUUCAUUCAAGUUUGCUUUCUUGUUUUUUAAUUUUCUGGACUGAAUAAAAAUUUCACUUCUCAGUAUAGCUGUU